GCCGUGUUUUGAAGACACGAACGUAACCAGCCAUCAACAACCACCACAGCCCUCUUUCGUCUUCCCUUGCCCUCUCUCGUUGUCGUCAACAAUCGCAAUCUGCUAUCCGUCUCUUAUUCCGCCUCUCGAGGAAGUUCCCCGAACGCCAUGGAUAACCUUCAGACCCUUAAGCUGUCAGUGGACGCCGAGACGGCCGUGGCGUUGGUCCAGUUCGACCGGCCUGCCAAAAGAAACGCUUUCUCCCAGGCCAUGAUCGGCGAGCUCGUCGCUACGUUGGCUUAUCUCGAUGCCCAUGACGCCGUCCGAGCGGUCGUCGUCACCGGCGGCCCAGACGGUCCUUUCUGCGCCGGUAUGGAUCUGAACGAGCUGGUGCAGAUCAGUACCGCUGAGGCGCACCAGCGCGCCUUUCUGAAAGACUUGACGGAUGCCUUCGCCAGGUUUUCCAAGCCCAUCAUCGCGGCCGUUGUCGGAUUUGCUCUGGGCGGUGGUUGCGAGAUUGCCUUGGCGUGCGAUAUAAUCUACGCCGCGCAAGAUGCCUCUUUUGGUCUCCCAGAGAUCAAGAUCGGAACCAUCCCAGGCGCGGGCGGCACCCAGCGCCUAGCUCGGGCUCUAGGCAAGCACAAGGCCAUGGAAUUCGUUCUCACCGGCGACCCAGCGAGCGGAGCUGAGUUUGAGCGGCUCGGCGUUGUUAAUAAGGUGUUCCCCGGUCCAGAAGUAGUUCCCGCCGCACUGAAGCUUGCGGAGCGCAUUGCCCUCAUGUCCGGCCCAGCCAUCAAGACGGCAAAGCAGGCAGUUCUUACUGUGGAAAAUAGCCAUCUUGAUGCCGGGAUGACCAUAGAGAAGGCGCUUUAUUACUCGACAUUUGGCCUAGGCGACUUCCAAGAAGGGAUGACCGCCUUUCUUCAGAAGCGUCGCCCUGAUUUCAAGCACACGUAACUUUCCGGAUGGCCCGUUGACAGCAUCCCGAUGGCUUGAGCCGAACUACACACCCCAGUUGCCGCCCGACUCCGACGCAUUCCAACAUCGCGCGCGUUGUCUGGGAAUUGCGUAGCGGGGUAAGCACCGGC